AUGGGGCAGCUAAGCAAACACUUCCGCCAGGCGACGAUUGGCAAGAGCUGCCGCGACCUGCUCCAUCCAGAUCAGCCUUGCUCUGCUGCCUGGCGCACCUUCUUCUUCCAAGGCGUUCUGGGUGCGAUACGCCACUAUCUACCGGCCGUCGUCACACCGCUGCUGUUCCGUAUACACCAGUGGUACGAGCCGGAAGUGUGGAGCACAUUCGCCCGACAGUACUGCCGGUGCGUGCUGGCUGGACUCCCGAUGACCGGUGGAAGCUUCCUCGCUUUCUGUCUGUUCUACAGAGCCUUGGGACGGUUUCCACCAGCAUGGUUCGUGCUGAUUCCUUCGUUGGCCGGUGGGCUCACGGUGCGCUUCCUUCCACGGACGAUUGUACGUGCCCAAGGAAUCGGGCUGUUUAACAUGUACAUCGAGUUUCUCAUUCGUCGCUCCCACAUGCCGAUAGUCGCCUGGAUGCGCUCCUCGAAGGCAUUCGCCACCGGCUGCUUCAUGGCAAUGAGCGGUGGCAUUAUGGCGGCGCAUCAGUAUCUACGGCUGGAUCGUUUCUGGUUUGCACGAGCCUACCGUGGUGCGACGGAUGGACACGAAGAACACACUGUGCCCGGUUCCUGCCGCCAUCAUGUUCUGGCCGAGGUGAGGAAAUCGUUCUACGUCGGAUUGGCCGUGAGCGUGCUGAAGAACGUGCUACCUCGGAUCACGCUACUGUUGCGUUCUCCGUUGGUGCUCUGUCGGGUAGUGUUGGCUCGCUUCGAUUAUGGGCUGCUGAGUUUCAUCACACUGUACAAGGCACUGUACGAGGCGAGCAGCUGCUGGCUGGCCUGUCAUUACCGCGGUUUUCGAUCGUCAGCGAUCGCAAGGAGCGCCUUUGCCGGUACCGUUGCCGGUCUCGCUUACGGUUGCUUCCCAAAUUAUCUACUUUUUACCUUUCCGAUCACGGAGCUGGCCGAGCUGUGCUGGCUAGUGUAUAUGCGGAGCGAGAGUUUGCCAAAGCCGCGACUCAUACGAUGGAUCGAUCGGCGUGUCCCUAUCGCCGAGCUGCUGUACACGGCCAGCCUUGGACUGCUGUGCCAGCUACGCGUCGUCCAUCCGUACCACGUGAAUCGCUACUGGUACAAGCUGAUGGCUAACGGCACGUGGGGCCGUUCGGAUGUGCUCGCGCGCGGCUACGCCAACGUGUUGCUCGGUUGCUGA